GAGCGACUAUCUCAGAUUCCUGAGUUAGAUCAGACACCAACCCUUCGAGAUCAAAUUUUUCAUGAGGUUUUUGGAGAAGAUGGACAUGGAUAUUGCAAGACCUAUGACACUAGAGUGCCUCGGAGUGCAGUGUAUAAACUGAAUACAACCUCAUCAGAUGUAUUAAAUCCUAUAUUCAUUGAUCAAAUUUUUCAUACAGUACGAGCAGAGGUAGAGCAACAAUUUAAAGAAACAAUGCAAGCGGAG